CAUUUUAGACAUUGCAUUUGUUUAGUUAACCAGACCAUAAAAAAUGGUAGAAUUUGAUAAGAUCGUUGAAGAGAUGGAUGGAUUGAGUAAGAAGCAGUGGGUCCAACUGAUCUUGCUCAUGUUGCCGGCUGUCUUUGUGGGGUCACAGAUGGGGGCGAUGGUUUUUAUUGGUGCUGAUGUGGAAUAUACAUGCCAGAUGCCACUUAAAGACAAUUUGGUCGCGAAAUGCGGUCAAAAUUGGACGAAGGAACAAGAUGCGAUGUACUCGGUGCCGCCUAAUAGCUGCUUAAGGUAUAAUACCGAGGAUGUAUCUGCCGCUGCCAACUGCAGUUACUGGUGGAGCGAUAAUAAUUCGACAACCCCACCCAACACUACGGUGAAAUGUACGGCGUGGGAAUUCAACAGCUCGUCCACAUUCUCAAGUUCGGUGGUGAGCGACUUCUCGCUUGUGUGCAGAGAAAAGUACAAGAUCAAACUCUCACAAGCUGUCUUUAUGUUCGGUGUAACUGUGGGCUGUGCUGUGUGGGGCCAGAUAUCGGACAGAUACGGAAGAAAGACAAGCAUUGCAGCGUCUGCAGCAACUGGUGGUUUGCUCGCUCUUGCGGUUUCAUUUACCCAAUCAUACUUGAUGUUUGUCAUACUGAGAUCGUUAAGUGGUUUCUGCUUCUUUUCAAUGUUCACAUGCAGUUUUGUGCUCGCGACGGAAAUCGUGGCACCCAAGUAUCGGGUACGAGUGAGUCAGACUGAGCAAGCGUUCUUUGCAUCCGGAUUCUGCAUCCUUGCUCUUUAUGGAUACUUUGUACGAGAGUGGAGGAUGCUGCAGAUCAUCAUUUCCAUCCCGGUUAUUGGAACAUCCGCCUACUACUGGUUGGUUUGCGAAUCCCCGAGAUGGCUGUUAUCUUGUGAGAGGUUCGCCGAGGCCAACGUCAUUGUGACAAAAUUCAUAACAAGUUUGGGGUUGCGAGACACGCCGAGUGAGGCAAAACUACUGAAUGAACUAGUUACAAGCCCUGAAAAUAAAGAUCGCAUUGCUCCGAGAAACGUUCAUGAUUUGCACCAUGGUCCUAUGGAUCUUAUCAGAACUCCUAACAUGCGGAAGAAGUCAUUGAUGUUGUUCUACUGCUGGCUCGUGUGCUCGUGCGUUUAUUACGGACUUACACUGAACUCAGCUGAUCUUGGAGGGGAUCCUUUUAUCAAUCUUUUCCUGUCGGGAUUGGUUGAAAUACCGGCUGUGUUCAUCUGUAUUCCACUACUUGAUAGAUGGGGAAGAAGACCUUCUCUCGCCCUAUUUCUAGUGCUAUCUGGAAUAUCUUGCGUCACAAUGCUAUUUGUGCCGAAAAAACUUCUGUGGUUAAACAUUACACUUUCCAUGGUCGGCAAAUUCAGCAUCGCGGCGGCCUUUGGUACAGUGUACAUAUACGCAGCAGAGUUAUAUCCAACGCCUAUUCGGAAUGUCGGAAUUGGUGUUUGCAGCAGUUUUGCGAGGAUCGGUGGAAUUAUGUCACCAUUCAUUGCAAUGCUAGAUGUGAUCGCUAAACCUCUACCAUACGUUGUAUUUGGACUUAUGUCCAUUUUUGGGGGUGUUCUUGCGUUGUUCUUGCCAGAAGUUCUCGGUAUUAGAUUGCCCGAAACUCUUAAAGAAGGCGAGGAGUUCGGAAUGAAACAGGGAGGCCCUCUUACAUUUAUCUUAAAGCGGUUAAAAUGCUGCGGGGAAAGUGAAGACGACGAGCAGAGAACAACAGACGCAAAGUAUGCGCUAGUGCCGAUGAACGGCGCUACAUCACAAGAUGUGGACGUACCAGUUUAAGGAGGACAACAGACCAGAGACGCUGAAGUUAAACGCCCGAGUGUGAAACGGACUUAAAAUCAAACAAGUCAAGAUUCUACAGUUACAUUGCAACUCUUCAUACACUUUCAAUAGUGUCACAAUUACUGGUGUACAAAGCACAUAUUUAUGUAUCUGACUGUGUUUCAUGUUGUUUCGUGUUUCUGAUGUCAGUUGCUUUCAAUAUAAUUAAAGGCUGUUUAAAA